AUGGUUAUUGGGAAAGUUGAAGUCGUGUUUAAAGAUAAUCUGACUGUUGGCGAAGGUCCGCAUUAUAUUGAAGAAGAAAACGCUUUGGUGUUCGUUGACAUUCCAGCUCACACCGUAUUCCGCUAUGACUGCAACACGGGAUCUGUCACGAAGGGAGUUAUUCCGGAUGUGAAGGAAAUCGGUUUCAUCAUUCCUGUACGUGAAGAAAGGAACAAGUUCCUGAUUGGUGCGGAUCAAACUGUUGCGAUUUUGGAGUGGGAUGGAAAAGAUGCGGACAAUCUCACUGUGAAGGUGGUAGACUCCGUUGACGAACUCAAGGGGAAUCGAUUUAAUGAUGCCAAAUGCGAUCGUUCCGGGCGACUUUGGCUGGGAACAAUGGGUUCAGAAGAAUCUCCAGGUGAAGUCAAAAAACACACGGCAGCUCUUUACUCAUUGAACUCCAGCGGCUCGCUCGAGAAGAAACUCAAGGAUGUGUCUUUAUCGAAUGGGCUUGGAUGGUCUCCUGAUGACUCAGUGUUUUAUUACGUCGACUCCGUUGAAAUGAGGGUUGACGCUUUCGACUUCAACAUUAAAGAAGGAACCAUAGAUAAUCGGAGGACCAUUUUCGACUUGCCAUCGAAUGGGUUCGAAUCCAUACCGGACGGCUUGACAGUUGACGUGAUGGGUAACCUCUGGGUCGCAACCUUUUUUGGAAGUAAGAUUUUACGCAUUGAUCCGCAAGUCGGGAAGUUGAUCGACACAGUUGAAAUACCGGCUAAAAACGUGACUUCUUGCACAUGGGGCGGAAGCCAUUACGAUGAACUGUACGUGACAACCAGUGCACUUUGCACAGAUUUGAAGGAAUACCCAAUGGGAGGAUCGCUGUUCAAAGUCUCCGGGUUGGGAAUGAAAGGAUUUCCGAACGUUCCAUGCAAUUUCACAACCAGCACCAAAACUGCUUGAUGAUUCAUAUCGACCUUGUUCGAUUUCAAAAGCUCUCCCUGCAGCACCUGGAAUGAUCAUUGUAGUGUGGGGUAGACAUUUUCAUCCUUCUCGUGAAAAAGUUUAUGCAGCGAAAUCCUGUUAAUUUCUCGUGAAUGGGUUUGUAAGUUGGGAAGUUACUACUGCAGUAUUGAAGAAAUUUCGGGAAGUUCAUCGCUAAAUUUGGUUCAUUCGAUCUUACGGUAAUAUGGUUUAACAGUAGUAAUUCAUAUUUGAUUUUUUGUUAAAUUUACCGAGUUUUUAUGGACUUGGUUUAAAAGAUAUGACAGCUUCAUGGAAUACCUUGUGAAGUCUUGCAAGAAGGUGUGCAUGUAGAUGAACUAGUUCAGUGGUUACGAAGAGUAAAGUUCAUUGUUAAAAAUUCGCCUUUCUGUAUGCAUUAAUAGUAUUUAGCUAAGUAGAUCAUGAGGAUUCAAAUUCUGAGAAUCUGACAGAAUGAUAACACAUUUGGAUGUGACGUAGAACUCCUGAAAUUGAGCAAUGCUGGCUAUUACGCAGACCAAUUGUCAAUCUGGGACGGGUAUUGACAUUUUCUCUGCUGCGCAGUUCCGCAGAACUCAACUGGAUCAGGCUGCAGUGACCGAUUUAAAACUUCUGGAAACCUUCGGACAUUGCGAUAUUUGGCAUUUUCCAAAUCUUGAACGCAGCAUCAGAUCCCACCACGAGUGCACGUGAAAUAAAGCGAGAGGUUCUAUUCUGAAAUGAAACGACCUGUAUUCAAUCAUUCGCACGUACGGCAGGUGAUCAUGGAAUAAAGAAAACGUUCCUAACACGAAAAGAAACCUCCCACGGGAACAGUGAUGCAAGAACAACUUUCAUCCCAAAGCAGCUUAAUCAAAGAACCCCCAGCAUUCGACUGCAGCUUUUUUUCCUGACCGCAACUGGACAAAUUCACCCCAACCAGGAACCCCGCUAUCAGCAUCAGCCGCGUUCGAGUCACCCUACACCAGCCUGCUCACGAAUCUUAAUCAGCUUUUCUCAGGCAACAGCAUCAGCUCAGCGCCAACAGGGCCAGAACACCGACUCCGCGCCACCGGCUGCACAACACACAAACACCACCGUCAUUCGAGAAAAACGGGAUCCUUUCGCCCAACUACUGAUGAACACGCGCAUCAUUCAUACAUAACCUUUAUUCGACACUCGCUUGAAUGUAAACGGG